AGUGGGGCGACGGGAAGGGAGGGACAGUGGUGGCUGCGGUAACUUGAAAGAAAUGGCGGAAGACUCUUUUCGCCGAAAAACCAGAUCGGCUUCGAUUUGUGCCCCAGGAUUUUCCAGCAUGGAGCAAAUGUUGGAAGGUAUGCCACCCUCGGGAGCUCGUGAUAGGGAAAGAGGGGAACGGGGAGACAGCGGCAGCGGAACGCCGGAUAGCAGUACACCCACGAGAAGACGAAGACCGGCUACGAGGUCCCAGAGUGCCCGUGUUUCCGGCGGAAAUAAAAGCAUCCGACGCCGUGCCGCCGCUCAAGCCGCCGCUCAUCAUCACCAUCAUCAUCACCAUGAGGGAGGCAAUAUGAAGUCAGCCCACUGCAGCAGUGAGCCCAAACUGACUGAGAAUGACGUCAGUCCGGGGAUCAGGAGACGAGGGAGCCGAAGGGGGCAGAGUAUGCAUCACGCGCAUCACAGGAAGAGCAACGCCUUCUUGGAUGUGCCUGACGUCUCGUCUCAGAUGCCACCGCGGGAGGAAGGCGAGGACGAGGAUAGUUACAGACUCCGUAGCUUCAGUCUCACCAGCAAAGGUGUCGUCAAUAGAGGAGAUUCCUUUAGGAGAAGAAGAUCGAGAUCGAAUUCUUUGGCGCCUGCCGAUCAGGAGAACGAAGAACGGCGACUACCGCCCAAGGAAGUAGCUUCGCAUACCGUUGCUAUGUUAGGUACAAGGGGAGUUGGGAAAACCGCUCUUAUCAGUCAGUUUAUGACCAGCGAGUGUAUAAACGCCUACGAUAGACAGAGAGACGUGCCAAAUGAGCAAUCCGUUUUUGUGAUGCUGAAUGGUGAAGAAAGCGAGCUUAAAUUCUUAAAUAUCACGAAUCUCAAGACCGAAUUGGAAAAAAUGCCAUUGCCAGACGCCUUCGUUGUAAUGUAUUCGGUGAUCGACAAGGCGUCCUUUCAAAGGGCUGAAGAAUAUCUCGCUCGACUUCACGAUCAAGAUCUUCUUCGUGGCAGACCGGCUAUUCUGGUCGGGAACAAGGUCGAUUUGGUUCGUUCGAGAGUGGUUUCGCCCCAGGAUGGAAAAUGCUUGGCGUGCACCUACCGCGCGAAAUUCGUCGAAGUGUCGGUGGGCAUCAAUCACAAUGUCGACGAGCUUCUGGUUGGCAUACUCAACCAGAUCCGUUUAAAGGUGGUCCAGACCAACCAGGAGAACCGCGGUGGCAGUGAGGGUAGCGCCCAUUGGUACAAAUCCAGAGGCGUCGUGCGCGCCAGCAUGAAAGCCAGGCAGAUGUUGACCUGGCUUUUCGGCAAGGAGGAUAGCAAAUUCAAGAACUGCGAGAAUCUCCACGUACUUUAAGUUGAUGGCGAUAAAAAAAAUCGCAAUCGGACUCCUCAACUACUGUUUCAUUAGUACGUAAGUAUAACUUGAGGAAUUUCCUUCUCGACGGGAACUUUAUUAGAAUUCGAGAACUCGAGAAGAAACUUUUCCGCGCGUCGGGAAUGGAUCGCGAGAAUGUAGUCUGAAUGUGCGGAUGCAUCUUUGAGUCAACAAUAUGUACGUAGCUUAGAAAAUCGAACGUCAAGUCUUCGCUACUGAUAGUGUUUACGAGAGUAUUUCGUAAUCCUGUAGGAAGAGGGCGAAUUGGUCCGUGGACCAAAAAUGAAUACAAUUAGCAUCGGGUUAACAAAGUGCCAAUUAGUGAAAAUUAAUGCGCACGGUGUUUGGGGGGAGGAGAAAAUGUCGCUCGAUUUCACGCUCGUUUAACUAGAAUUACCUCCUGAGAAAUGUGAGCGAUUAACCCUUUCAGUACCAGGUGCGACCGAGCGUUGCUUUUCAGCGACUUUCUCGACACAAACCUCGUUCCCCUUUCUUUUGAAAGAUUAAGUGGCGCGUAUUAAAUUACUCAUUUAAUUUUUAUUCAAGUAACGCUGGAUAUUCAAACCACUCGUGACAAUUUUUAUAUGCAAUUUUUUUUCGAAAAAAUAAUUCGAAAUUGAUGAAUUGAUAAAUUAACGUACUAAAAAAUUCUCUUAAAUUUCUCGCUGCUUAUUUUAACUGAUCGCACACUCUUCGUUAAUAUUCUACACAUGUUAUACCUAUUUCAACCAAUGUAGAUUAACUUUAAUCUCGGUUCAACUUACUCUUCAUUUUUUUCCAGUUCUAAGAAUUAGAAAAAGACGAAGAGUGAGUUAAACUGAGAUUAAAGUUAAUCUUUAUUGAUGGAAACGGGCACUAAAGAGGAAGCUCUAGCAAAACGGGUACUUACAUGUCGCGCACUUUUAGCUUUAUGUGACGACGAGCGGUGCUGAAUCUAGCGGCCCAUAAUAAAUGCACACAAUCAAAAGUUCAAACUGAUAUCGUGACGAGAGGAAAAAGAUUUCAAACUGGACCAUGGCGCGAACUAGUCGCCGUUAAAUUUACGACCCUA